CUGUUUUUUUUCCAGAGCCUCAGUGUUCGGCUGCAUUCGUGUCGACUGCCCAGAGUCCACGGAGCCUCACGCCUGACCUCAGGACUGAAUAUACCGACUCAGAGAAAGAGCUCCUCUGUUACAACAUGUCUGUGUACAGCUUUGGGUUGGAGCCUCUGUCCUGUCACGCCUGGAAUAAAGACCGAACUCAGAUCGCCAUCAGCCCCAACAGCAGUGUGGUGAACAUUUACCAGAAGAAGGGGAAGGAAUGGAGCAAAAUCCAUGAGCUGAAGGAGCACAGCGGGCGAAUCACGGGAAUCGACUGGGCCCCAGAGUCGAACCGUAUCGUGACGUGUGCCUCAGACAGAAACGCCUACGUGUGGACUCUGAAGGACGGCGUGUGGAAGCCGACUCUCGUCCUCGUUCGCAUCAACAGAGCCGCCACGUGUGUCAAGUGGUCACCUCUGGAGAACAAGUUUGCUCUUGGAAGUGGAGCUAAACUCAUCUCAGUGUGUUACUUUGAGAAAGAGAACGAUUGGUGGCUCAGUAAGCACAUAAAGAAAGGGAUCUGCUCGACCGUGCUCAGUCUGGACUGGCAUCCCAAUAACAUCCUGCUGGCAGCCGGGUCAUCCGAUCUCCACUGCAGGGUUUUCUCCACGUAUAUCAAGGAAAUUGAGGACAAGCCUGGUCCGACACCAUGGGGAGUCAAGAUGCCGUUUGGUGAAAUGCUUCUGGAGAAUAAAGACUGUGGUGGAUGGGUACACAGCGUUGCCUUCUCUCCGUCUGGAGACACGCUGGCCUGGGUCAGCCACAACAGCUCCAUCAGCGUCGCCGAUGCCACGCAGGGCAAAGAGGUUACACAGCUGACUACAGAACAUCUUCCUCUGCUCAGUGUGCUGUACAUCAGCGAGACAGAGAUUGUGGCCGCGGGCCAUGACUGCUGUCCCUACCACUUCUCCUACAAGGGGCCCGGCAAGCUGGAAUUUGUGCGAAAGCUCGGACUCGCCAAGCAGACGUCAAAAAACAGCAUGUCGGCCAUGCAGCACUUCCGCAACCUGGACAAAAAGGCCACGACCGACGAGGAGGAUAACGAGCUGAGCACUCUACACCAGAACAGCAUCACCCAGCUGUGUGUGGUGGAGGGAGACAGGGCCAAAGUGGAAAAGUUCAGUAGCGUCAGUCUGGAUGGAGCCAUGGUGCUCUGGGAAUUCAAGCCUUGAAACUCACUAAUAAGGCAGAAAGGUUUUGCGGCCGAUCCGACAUCCACGCCACACCACGUCACACCACUCCAAAGACCUCAGUGUCAUUCUGCUGCUGUGCUUAGAAAUAUCAUUUAAGAUCAACACUUUAUUUUCUUUAGCUUUUACAAAAUAAACAUGUUAUACUGUAAUUUUAAUUUCUGUAAUUACUCAGACAAAAGGUAUUACUCUAGAGUAACUAUUACAGGGACACAGACUUUAGUUUCCAAGUUUUCAAAUGAUUUUUUAAAAAUAUAUUUUGGUUUUAGGAUUUUUUUUUUUAAGAAAGUUUUCCUGUCAUAGCAAAUAAAAAUUUUCAUUUGUAAAAAUGAGGUUGGGAUUAUUCCUUUUUGUAUUCCUUAUUCUGAAAAGCUUGAUGAAUAAGAAACAGUCAGCAUAUAAGAAAGUAUGAAGGGCGUGCUCCUUUAUGUGGACCGUAUCACCUCCUAGGAAUUGAUGCUUUCCCUUUACUUCCCCUUACAACCACGCUCCUGAGUAUAGCUAAGAGCUAUGAUUGGACAGUGAUUGCAUUUCAGUGUGUCACGGUUGCAACACGCUGGUGAAAGUGAAAUGCAAUGCAAUAGGGAAAUACAUUCACUUCUGAAGUGAAGUCAGUGUUUAAUCUUUAACAAGCCAUCCCCUGCUGAUCGUUCUUCACUAAAGGUAAUAAAGUGACAUAAGAGCA